CGUGAAAUGUUUGCUGUUUAGAAACAGAUGGCUAACUGUAUUUUAUCCCAUUACAGUCCAGAUCUCCCCGGCUGGAUGUCUCUGCGGAUGCGGCCAAGCAGCGAGGUCAGCUUUCUGACAGGGCCAUCUGCCUGCAGAGGGAACUAUAAGUGGGUGGGUUAUAUUUAGAGCCUGGUCCAAUGAAGAGCGGAGGGCCCGAGUGCCUUUCCAACGCAGCUCUCACCCGGGCUCUGGCUGCCACACUUUGAUGCCAUCAGUGUACAGGGGGAAUAAUAGAGCGACACCGGGGAGAAAAAGAGUUAAGCGGAUUAUUACAACCUGCACAUACAUCCCUGGCGGGGAAGCCGGCUACCUCUAUACAUGGAUCUGUCAUACUGGUCGCCUGAUAGGAGGUCGGAUGUUAAUUGGCAUCUCCUGCAGUAGAGCUUUCUAAAAAUGCGACCACAAAGAAACUGCAUUGAGUGUCCAAACAAGACAAUGAGCUGUAGAGAAGCUGACAUCUACCAGCGCAUCCAAGAGGGUUCUGACACUGUCAAAAGGAACAGAAAUAAGAAAGAACAAGACUAUAUUUCUGAGACUGGCACAGUCAUAAGGAGUGAAAAAUCAGAUCGGAAACAAAAGGCCUCUAACAGAAAGGCAGACGACCUCUCACGAGAUGACUUGCUGUUCCUUCUGAGCGUGCUGGAGGGAGAGCUACAAGCUCGAGAUGAAGUUAUAUCUGUGCUGAAGGCAGAAAAAAUUGACCUGGCUUUACUAGAAGCCCAAUAUGGUUUUGUGACUCCAAAACGGGUCUUGGAGGCCCUUCAAAGAGAUGCAAUCAGAGCAAAUGCUACACAAUGGCAAGAAGACAUCUACGAAAAGCCAAUGUGUGAGCUGGAUAAAGUUGUGGGCAAGCACAAGGAAACUCACAAGAGAAUGCUGGAGCAACUUCUAAUGGUGGAGAAAUCCCAAAGAGAAACCUUGUAUGACUUAGAGGAAGAAAAAAGAAAACAUACCGAUUACAUGGAAAAAAGUGACGAAUUUACCAAUCUACUGGAGCAAGAGCGAGAAAGGGGACCCGAGACCACCCGCCAACCCAGCCCCUAAUGAGAUGCAGCAGUGAAGACUGGUAUUUCUGCUAUUUCCAUCUGUGUAAAUGUGUCAAGCGUCACUUCCUGAUGGUGCGGAGACCUCUAUGACGAGCGCUGUCCGCCUCGAGCAGGAGGGUCUCCCAGCAACAAGGGAAACAAAUGAAAACCUAACAAAGCAGCAGAUGAAUUUACAUAUAAGGAAAGAGAGUGCGCUAAUUCUACUGCUGUAAAAUAACAUGGAGUAUGAAGGACAUAGGUCUAAAACACAAAAACACUCUGUCAAUGUACGAAGCCUGAAUUGUAUUAGUAGAAGCCAUAUAGAGGAAAGAUUUAUGCUUUU